AUGGAUAAGGAGAGCGGGGAAGGCGGGGACGCAGCCGCCAAACAGCCGCCCGAUGGUCAGUUCGACCCCUCGGCACUCUUUGGAGCGUACUGGGGUCGAGAUGGUGCCAGCAACGCGGCAGCUGCGCAAGCGCAGGCGCAGGCGCAAGCCGCACUCUUUGGCUUUGGCUCCCGCUACCCGCCACCCACCACGCUCGGUGUCGCAGCCAACCAGGCGGCAUCACUUGGACUACAUCCCGCUGCUAGUGCAGCAUGGUGGUCCAUGGCCUCGCACUUGGCGGCCCAGGAUUACUUAGCACGACUGCAGGCUACUGGACUUAACUUAUCUCCAUUAAACGACCCCUAUGCAGCCCUUUCCGCUCUUUCGGGUUCCGGUCUUAAACAGAACAAGCCGCCUAAACAGCCUAGCAGAAAUGAAAGAUCAGGACGUACUAGUACAUCUUCGAGUAUGUCAUCGAAAGACAAAACUCCCUCAACAAGUACCAACUCUCAACAUAAUAUGAACGAUUGGGCAUCUACAUAUGGUUUUCCCAAAACCUCGUCUCCAUCAACAAUGGCGUCGCAGUCCCUUUCCAGCUUGGCUUCCCUCAAUAGCCUAGCCCAGCAACCACUGCAGAGCAAAUCCUCCAGCAAACAGCCACAACCACCGCCUAAUAGAAAGUCAUCAACGAAGGAGAAAGAUCGAGAUUUAUCUGUAUUGCGAAGUGAGUUAAUGUUGGCCCAGGCUGCUGCUCAAGGAGCGUAUCAUGCUGCUGUAGCAGCUGCCGCUAAGGGAAAGAACAUGCCUCUACCUUAUCCUUUCGGAAUGCCCGGUUCAGAGAAGGACAGACGUACUGGCAUAGAUUCCUUGACUGGCCUACCACAUAAUUUACUCAGUGCCGCGUUGGAAGGAGGUGAUCCGGCGUCAGUGUUGGGUGGAGUGAGGCUUCCACCAGACACGGAAAUUAUUAAAUAUACCUCUUCAUUAACGGGACCUAAGGUUCCAGCAGGGUCAACUAACCGUGGUCGCAAAAAGACAAUAUCAUUGGACCCGCCUCACGUAUCACUUCACCCGUCCAGUGAUAGAAGCACCCCACUACCUAAUAAGAGGCAAAAAGUUGACGAGUAUGGCAAUUCAAGAUCAUCGGUGGAGGUGAUUAGACUACCUAAUAAGCCUGACCGUUCAUCAAAUUCUUUAUCAGCCACUCCACCGCCAAAUCUCUCCGAUUAUGCAGGUAUUUCAAGGGAGCUACUACAAACUAUAGCAAGUCAAAGUGGAGUUAGUUUAGCAGCGCUAGAACGGCAGUUAGCAGGUGCUAACCCGACUGACUCGGGACUAAACUUAAGUGUCAGGUCUGGUACAGAAGACACUCCUAUGGACCUAGGUGCCAAAUCUACUGAGGACGAUGCGCCUUUAAAUUUAUCCCUAAAACCUGCGCCACCAAAUUCACAAGCAUCGGAUGCACUAUCAAGACUUACAUCACUUAGCAGUUCACUCAGUGCGUCUAAUGAGAGAAUAUCACGUCGCAAGCCUGGCGCAAAACCCCGACGUGUAGCUCCCGAACCCAACGAAUGUCCGCGACCACGUUCCAGUGGGAGCGAGGACAGUGAAUCCGUGCCUCCCUGGCCUACUCGGGAGGGACGUCCGCGUAACCUAGGGCGUGGCGUAAGCAAGCCCAAGAAGAAUACCGUCGCAUCGCUUCUUGCGCAAAGUCGCGCCCUUGGCUUACGGCCUGCGCUCGCGCAACAGUUAUUAGGAGAGACUGAUUUGGAGAAACUCCGUGCAUUAGUGGGCGAAGGGGCGAGUACGGACUCUGAAUGCCAGCAAUCUGAUAGUAAUCCAUCCGACUCGGACGCAAGUGAUUCAGGCAGGAAGCUAGAUGCGUUACUACGGCUGCCUUUGGCUUUAGGAUGGAAGCGGGUGACAGUAAUAAAGGGUCUCUCUCGUAAUUGCAAUAUUAAGGGUGACGUGAGUUAUUCCCCACCAGAGCCACACACCGCUCUUCAUAUUAAGUCCACUCAGGAGUUACAGAAUUACCUGGACGCUAACCCGUGUCCGGCAUUAUCGCUCGAUAACUUCAGCUUCAGUUCGCGAACAGUUUUAGGAGAGUACGUCCAGACGUCCGCCGACACGGACCCCAUAAUCUUUACUGAAACUGACAUCUCCAAGAGACUAGAAGAAGCCCGAGCCUUGGCAGCGUUAGCUGGGCCUAGGUCCACGCCCCCGCCCGUAGAAAGGCGAAUAGAACUCGCACGACGACAACAAGCAGCAAGGGACGCUAGGAGGGACGCCUCUCAUAGGAAUCGGGAUCAGGCCCGCUUUGUUCGUGAAUACGAACGUUCUGAAAAGGCUGAACUAGUAAAACGGGAAAAAGAGGUCAGAAGUCAACAAUUAGUAGAGCAUAUCAACAAAAAUAGAACACAAUUGACAAUCGAAGCGCUGCCAAUGAAAGACGAAUGGAAAGUACCAGAGACGAUAUUACCGCCGAAAAAAGAUAGAACUAUGCCACAGAUUAGCCUAUCCUUAAUACCAGUGAGCGGGAAAGAUUCCCCAAUCAAAACAUUAAAUUAUGAACAAGGUAUUUGGAAAGAGGAAUCCGAAGAAUACAAUGCCUUGGACAAAAUGAAAGACUUUGCUGAAAAGGCCGCCUUCGAUCUGCCAAAAAGGCCUAAUGAUAAAAUAUUCGACAUCUCACUCGUUGCGGCAGCAGAAAAGGCUAGAAAAAAAGAACAAGCCCAACCAGUUGGCGAAAAUAAUUUAGAGAAAUUGAUCAAUUCUUAUUCGCGGAUAUCGGAGUUUAUAAACGGCUGUGAUUGGUCCAAAAAUAACGAUAAGCAAGACCAAAAGAGCUUAGAACAGAAGUAUUUAGACGCUAAAAACGAGUUUAUGUCCCAAAAUCUCAUGUUGAUGCCCAAAGACCAGAAAAAAGAUGUGAUCGACCUCAGUGGUGACGAGGAUAUUUUAGCUGAUAUAAAUAAAAAACUAUCCAAAGGCACGUUCAAUGUGGGAAAAGAUGGCGCCUUAUCUAUAUCUGUUCAGCCGUUCGCGAAGGACGUUUACAGUCCGGCUAAGAAACGAAAGCAAGAGGAUGCUGAAAAACAGAAAAACGACGAACAGGCGAAAAGACAACAGGAGAGAGAAAUAAAAAGACAUCAGGCGAUGUUACUCAAAGAGCAGCAAAAGUAUAUAACUGAGGAACGUGAAAGAAGACGACAACACACAACAUUUAUCAGACAACUUGACUCCAGAAGAAGAUGGGAAGAAAGGGAACGAAGAAAACACCAGAAUCUUUUAGACCGAUUGCUAGUUAAAGAGAAGAAGUUACAGCAAAGACGUAAAGAGAUGGAGCUGUUGUCUGAAUUGAGGAGACCACAGGAAGACUCAUCCCUGUCAGACCAAAAGCCGCUUCCCAACCUGGAAAGGAUACAAGGUCUCAAACUCUCAGGGCAGGCCUUCGCUGAUCUCCUACAAGUUUAUGAGUUCCUACACAACUUUGGACAGGCGCUUGGUAUUGAGGAUCCGGGUAUACCGCACCCGGGACGACAUACAACGCUGCUGGGACAGGCGAUACGUCUCGGUGAUAUACGGCCUGAAAAUCUCAGUGAGGUGCUGCGAAUAUACCUAUAUGCUAACGCUACGGGCGAGGUUAAGGCUUUGACAGGCCUAACAGUGGAAAGAGAACGAGAACGUCGUGUUGCUGAUCAUCAUCAGAGCGAUGCUGAGAUGCAACAAACCUGCGUGAGCACCAAAAACGCGGCAUAUUACGAGCAUCUACACAAUAAUAGCACUUAUAAACUAUCAGAAAUGCUUCGUGACAAACCUUUCGUCUCGCUAAACCCAAGCAGUAAGGCGCGAAUGUUGGCAUAUCUUUGUGACGAGCUACUACAAAGCAAGGCCGUCCUAAGGGCAGUGGAUGCUUCGUUAGACCACCUUAACCAGCUUCGAAAGGAGAGAUACCUCAUGGAUGCUAAAAUACGGAAAGUUCGAUCACUCUACCAACGCAAGUUACGGGCGGAACAAACUGAGAAGCAACAAGCUCUAGCAUUGGAGAGAAUGCAGCGGCUGGUAGAAGAAAGUUCUGGAAUUAUGCGUUCACCUGCUCGUGAAACUCCAGAAAAGUCAGAAACACCGAAAAAGGAGUCAUCCCUCUCACCAGAGGACAAACCCAGUACACCAUCCCCAUACAAGGAAGAGGAGCCAAGUGACAAGGAACUGUCGCCCUUAAAAGAGCUGAGCAAAAAGGAGAUUUUGAACAACAAUAAAGAAGAAAUUCCCGUGGAAGGAAAAGACAAAGAUAGCGUUAUGGGUGACGAUGUAUUGAGCGAUUUGGAGAGUGAAGGGACGCAGCCUGAAGAGGACGAAGACAAGAAUCUAUCAUCUGAGGAGUUAUCAAGGAAAUUAGAGAAACUAUUACGUCAAUCCGAACAGCAGGUGUUGCAACUAGCCGCCGCUUCCAAUUCAUUGAGGGCCACGUGUUAUGGGCAAGACAGGUAUUGGCGUCGUUACUGGUCGUUGGGCAAAUGUGGAGGCGUAUUGGUGGAAGGGAUGGAGUCAGCGCAAUCCGAAAUUAUGGCGUAUCAUGAGAAACUAGAGGAUGCUAAAAUUAACGGCGUCAAAGUCGAAUCAAAACAAGGAAUAAAAUCGGAAGAUAUUAAGACUGAGGAAAACCAAGACAAGGUGUCUGAUGCUGAAGCUGAACAGGAACUGCGGAGUAUCAAGAGUGAACUUAACCUCAGUGACAAGACUCAGAUUAUCAAAUAUGAACCCAAUAAAAUUGUUUGUAAGGUUGAAGGAAUAAAAAUGGAAGAAAAAUACAUCCAACAAAAGAGCCACGAGGAAGAAGACAUGUUGGACAUUGAAGAUUCCAUUCCGACGGCAUUUUUAGUACAAAAACCUUCACAUAAACCGCUCUUUGCCAGUCAAGCCGAGCCCGUAGACAAACCACAGGAUAUAAUUAAACUUGAAAAUCCCGCCAAAACGGAACCAAACGACAAAGAACAGGAAGAGCCCAAAGACUCUCUAGUCAACAAUUUGGAGGAACUCCGCAAAAUGGCGGAAGCCGUAUCUUCACAAUUGGACGCGGCUAAGAAAGCAGAAAAUGAGAUCAAAGAAGAAAAGCAAGAACAGCAGGAUAUAGAAACAGACUCCGCGAAUACCCAUCUAUAUUCAAAGAUGUUGGACGGAAAAUGGUUCUCCAUACUACGGCAUGAGAACGCUUUCUUAAACAAUAUAAACGAAGAGAAAUAUGACGUCCCGAAAUAUUGUGAUAACGAACACACAUGUAGUGAAGUCAUACAAUGCCAGGGUCAUAAAUGGGAUGUCUCGAAUAAUUUGCAUUUAUUGAAUGACCCGAGUUUGUUCACACUGAAUAGUAUGGUGACGAGUGUACAGGUGCCGUGUAAUAAUGUUUAUGCGGACUCAAGUCUAACGAUGUCAGGCUUGGACCAAGACAUGAUGGACGCCAGUUUGAAUAAUACAGAAAUGGAAGUCGAGGAGACGAAGGAACCGGAAAACGACUUGGAAAAAGAACUCCAAGCAGACUCCACAAAAGCGGACCUUGCCACUCAAAAGGCGAAAGCUUCAGGUCUAAAUAGCCUAGGGCUUCUAAACUUCAAUGCCUUAUCGACGUACGUCACCUGCGAUUCACCUCCUCCGAUACAAAUGUCGCCUGACGAACUGGACCAGCUGGAGCACUGUAAAAUCCAUGGCUUGCCUAAGAAGGUGGAUGGGAAUUUUGUUCCUAAAGAUCUAAGACAUGGCUGGUGGAGAAUAACAGAAUCGGAACAAAUGAAACAAGUGCUUGACUCGUUACACCCACGUGGAGUGAGAGAGAGGGAACUACAUGCGUCGCUCAUCCAACAUCUACCCACCGUUAAUAAUAAGCUAUACAUUGACAAGGGCGACACAUCUCUAACGCAACUGUCAGUGUCACCUUUAGAUACCACAGAUUAUACACCACCUGACGAACCUGGCUCAUUCUGUGCCAAUACUGCAAGGAGGGUCGAUAUGGCUUUAUUAUCUAUGGUGGAAGCCCUAGAAGAAAGAGUGGUAGCUGGCUCUAUGCAAGUAAAGGGCUGGCGUCCGAGCUGUUUGCCCCUUGCCCCAGACGCCUCCGGGGCAGAAAUAGUCGCCUGGGCGCGUCACCAACUUGCCCAACUCGAAGCUCACGUGGAGAGGCGAUAUUUGAAACCGCCCCUGGUACAAAGGUACGCUAGUACAAACGACGCUAACCUCGGAGCGAUGCUGCAAAGUGAACACGGUAAUGCAUCUGCUACGUCUCCGCAAAAUUCAGAGAACAAUGAGGGAAAAGAAACUCGUGGCAUUGCCCGUGGUCUCUCAACAUGGCGUGAUGCAGUAUCUCGGUGCAAUACGGCCGCACAACUCGCAAUGUUGCUUCAUGCGCUGGAGUCGCAUAUUGCCUGGGACAAGAGUAUUAUGAAAGCGAAUUGUCAGUUCUGUCUGUGUGGAGACAAUGAGGGUCAGCUGUUGCUAUGUGAUGGUUGUGAUAAAGGCUAUCAUACAUAUUGCUUUAAACCGAGGAUGGAGAAAAUACCUGAAGGAGAUUGGUACUGCUGGGAGUGCGUGAACAAGGCGCGUGGGGAGCGUGUGUGCAUCGUGUGCGGGGCGGGGACGGGCGCGGGUAGACUCGUGCCUUGCGCUUUGUGCGUACGCGCAUACCACGCAGACUGUCAUUACCCUCCAUUGCUCAAGAAUCCUCGCGGCAAGUGGUAUUGCGCUCAGUGCAUAUCGCGUGCUCCACCCAAGAAACCGCGUAAAUCAAACAAACGCGACUCCAAACAUAAAGACAUGUCUAAUAUCGAUCUAGACGCAUCUAUGGUACCUAGUCCAGCGCCAUCUCACGCCUCAACAUCGACAACUGCGGAAGAAUGUACCCCUAACGUGUUAUGUACACCUGAGAAGGACCACGACAAAAUGGAAGAAAGUGUUGAACACGAGAAUGGACAUAAUGUAUCAGAGCUACCAUUACCAAUGCCUGAGGAUGGUACACCGGAAAAGCAUCGCGCACUUCAGUUUGUGGCCGGAAAUGGCGCCAUACCUCACGAAGAACCACAUGUUGAUGCGAAAAAACUGAAUAAGGAGUUACAGUUUUGCAAAAACCUUCUAUGCGAAAUGGAAUGCCACGAGCACGCUUGGCCGUUCCUGAUUCCGGUCAACACCAAACAGUUCCCGCAGUACAAGAAAGUCAUUAAGAGUCCAAUGGACUUGUCCACUAUCCGAAGGAAGCUUCAGGAGCAAGGAUACAAAUGCAAGGAAGAAUUCGCAUCGGACGUACGCCUCAUAUUUAGUAAUUGUGAGAUUUUUAACGAAGAUGACAGUCCGUGUGGCCGAGCCGGACACAGCAUGCGACAAUUCUUUGAGACACGCUGGGCGCAGAUCUGA